GUUCCCCUCCUCGCUGUGCGUGGGGCUGGGCCAGAUGCUGGCAACGGUGGCUGUGCUCUGGGCGGGCAAGGCGCUGCGGGUGGUCAAGUUCCCUGACCUUGACCGCCAUGUCCCACGGCGGACGUUUCCUCUACCUCUCCUGUAUUUCGGGAACCAGAUCACAGGACUGUUCAGCACAAAGAAACUGAACCUGCCCAUGUUCACCGUCCUGCGGAGGUUUUCCAUCCUGUUUACGAUGUUUGCCGAAGGAUUCCUGCUCAAGAAGAAGUUUUCUUGGAGCAUUCAGAUGACAGUAUUUGCCAUGAUCAUAGGCGCAUUUGUGGCUGCCAGUGCUGACUUGGCAUUUGACCUAGAAGGAUAUAUUUUUAUCCUUAUUAACGACGCCUUAACAGCUGCAAACGGUGCCUACGUGAAACAGAAGCUGGAUUCAAAGGAGCUGGGGAAGUACGGUCUGCUCUAUUACAACGCGCUCUUCAUGAUCCUUCCCACCCUGACCAUCGCCUACUUCACCGGGGAUGCGCAGAAGGCGAUGGAGUACCAGGGCUGGGCAGACACGCUCUUCGUCCUGCAGUUCACGCUGUCGUGUGUAAUGGGGUUUAUCCUGAUGUACUCCACGGUCCUUUGCACUCAGUAUAACUCUGCUCUUACAACUACAAUAGUUGGCUGCAUUAAGAAUAUUUUAAUAACCUAUAUUGGGAUGUUUUUUGGAGGAGACUAUAUUUUUACAUGGACGAACUUCAUUGGUCUAAAUAUCAGUAUUGCUGGAAGCCUGGUGUAUUCCUACAUCACCUUCACAGAGGAGCAAAUGAGCAAGCAGUCAGAAGCGGGCAUCAAGAUGGAUAUUAAAGGAAAAAGCUCUGUGUGA